UUCCGUGCGGCGAGACAGUCGACAUGUGCGUAAAUGCGUAAGCGCAACUCCGCAUGCGUCGGGCAGAAGGACGGAGCCCGCGGCGGCGCGCGGACCAUGGCGCGCUGUCUGUGGGCAUUCCUCGUCACCCUCUUGCCUUCCGCCGCCGCGUGGAAGCCCCACACCCCCGUCUACUUCCCGCUCGAGCUGCACUCGCGGGCCCCGCGCCACGUGCACGCCAUCCACCACCUGCACCUGCUCGGCUGGCACCUGGAGCUGCAGGAGAACCGAGCGAUACGCUCCCCGUAUUACAAUGAGUGCAAGUUUUAUAAAGGCCGCGUGCUGUACGAGGAAGGAUCUUCAGUUACAGUGACGGAGUGUGAAGGACAAUUAUAUGGGUUGCUCCAAGUGGACGGUGAAGAUUUUGUGCUGCAGCCGACGCGCUCGGACGGGAGCCACGUUUUGAAGCGCCGCGAUGUCGUGCUGGCGGAACGUAACGCAGAGUUCAACCUCACGGGUGACACCGUGACCGACCUCGACAUUGAUUACGAAGAUGAUGACCCCAUGCCGUCGAUGCACGUGCGCUCGCGACACGGCAAUUCCGAUGUCGCGGAUUUUCGUAAUAUGCUUCCCGUUACGAGACCGGUGUCAGGAGCGAAAGGUCUUUGGCUCGAACUGGCCAUAGUUGCCGAUCAUACGAUGCUCAAAUUCCACGGCCGGGAACGGGUGAAACAUUAUAUCCUCGCAAUAAUGAACAUCGUCAGUGCCAUCUUCAACGAUCGCUCCCUGGAGUCGAACAUGACUCUGGUUAUCAACAAAUUGUUUCUAUUCGAAGAAAAGGAUUCUGUUAUAAAAUAUGGAAAUGUUAAGAAGUCGCUGGAGGCUGUGAAUAAAUGGAAUUACAGACAUCUCAUAAAGUUGCCGGCAGACAGUACAGGGUGGGACGCAACGGUGUGGUUGACUCGCGCGCAGCUCGGAGGCCCCUCGGGCUUCGCCCCUGUGGGAGGCGUGUGCACCCAGAUGCGUUCAGCGGCGAUAGACAGAGACGAGGGGCUGACUAGUGCGUUUGUCAUCGCUCAUGAGUUGGCGCAUCUACUAGGCCUGACUCACGACGGUGAAGGUCAGUGUGAAACAGAUGGUCUGAAGGGAUCUGUGAUGGCCCCCACAGUGCUGGCCACUCUUCACAAUUAUGCCUGGUCUUCUUGCUCUAGAGAACAGUUCCACAAAAAGACCAAGAAAUUAUGGUGUCUUCACCAACGAAGCCAUGAUGAUGGUGUAGUGCUGGGCGGUGCUAAGGAACUAUCCAACUAUGUGUUUACUAUGGACGAACAGUGUAGAACUGAAUUUGGAGAGGGAUUUUCAAUAUGCAAGUCAGUAAAAAUCAAAUCGCCAUGUGCUCGAUUGUGGUGUGCGCAUCGUUCGAUGCCCCACGUAUGCCGGUCGAAACGAGCCCCACCAUUGGAAGGCACGCCUUGUGGAGUCAAUCAGUGGUGUGUCGACCGCAUGUGCGAGCCAAUGCCUGGUCACGCACUAAAGAACAAAACAGACAAGCCCCUGGUCCCCGAGUGGGGAGACUGGGGCUCGUGGAGCGAUUGUAACGCAGAGUGUGGAUACGGCCUAAGGACGAGGAUCAGACGCUGUUGGUAUAAAGGAUCAAUAUCGGAGAGUGCAUGUGAGGGUGCUGGUUCGCAAGUGACGACCUGCUGGUCUGGCCAAGCGUGUGCCGCCACUAGAGACGUACGGACGGACAUCUGCUUCAGACAGGCCAGCCAUCUUAUACCGCAUUUGCAUGCUCAAGAAUCAAAACAUUGUGAGAUUUGGUGUAUGGACUACGCCGGCGGGGACCCAUCCAACUUCGGGGCGCUACCGGACGGCACGCCUUGCAGCUAUGAGAGGCCUUUUGAUCUUUGUUUUCAGGGCACAUGUGUGAAGGGACAAUGCAACGCCACCGACCCGGCUUGCAACUGGUGCCCAGAUGGUUACUGUAACAAUAACACGCAUAUUUAUAUGCGCCAGCUUGGGAAAGGUUGGACCCGCCUUACAGUAAUACCACAUGAAGCGAACAAACUAUCCAUCCACAUAGCUACCCCCGUUGCCCUAAACAUAGCAAUACGAGAACGACGCCGAGACAGACCCAUCCUAGAACUAAGCAAACACGCAAAACGUAUAGAUAUAGAAAGCAAACAGGACAAAUAUCUCAAAUACGAUCCGAAUGUACCACAGAAUUUACAAAUUAUAGAAGUUGAUAGUAAUGUGAUAGAUAUUAAGGAAGAUAAAUAUGCGUAUGAGGGGGAAGUGAUUGCUGCGGGGGGUUUGGUGAAGUGGAAGCAAACUGAUUCUGAUGUGUUUAUUACUUCGGAUUCCAGGUUACACACGGAUUUGAUGAUUAUGGCAAUACCAGAGACACCAAUAUCGAAUGAAAUAUUAGCAGUAGAAGUUUCAGUGAACUACAGCACGCCGGCUUCGCGAACUAGGCCCAUGGAAUAUAGAUGGUCCACGGAAAGAGGGCCGUGUUCAGUAUCUUGCGGUGGCGGGGUACGCAUGGUGCGGCCGCGAUGUGCACGUGAACACUGCACCCCGCGGUAUGAGCGUUGCAAUACACACAGUUGUUCAUUCAAAUGGGAGGGAGGGGAGUGGGAGAGUUGCAGCGCCACGUGUGGAGAAGACGGCGUACAAGAGAGACAACUUUUCUGCGUUCCUGCUAACGUUAGUAUCUCCUCCCGCCGCGAGCUGAUAGCGCGCAGCGUGUCCCCCGCGCUGUGCCCGGGCGCGGGCGGCGCGCCGGCUCGCACGCAGCCCUGCAACCGCUUGCCCUGCCCGGUUUACUGGCAGGAGCUGCCGUGGACACAGUGUUCAACAAGCUGUGGGCGGGGGGUAUCCUACAGACCACUUAUGUGUCCCGCGGCAGAACACCUCUGCGGACCCAAACCACGUGAGCGUCGUCGUCGUUGCCGUCUUAGACGAUGUACCAUACGCGCCUGUCCAGCUAAAGACGACACCCAAUAUUGUGACCUGUUUACUAGAGAACAACUUGCGAGGAACUGCGCUGUACCACCCUUUAGAAAGUAUUGCUGUAAUGCGUGUAAAACUGUCGAACGGAAUUAAAUAAAUAAAUAAAAAAUAUGAAAAAUAUUAAGGCAAUCAAAACAAAUUGUGUCAAAAUUACCAUUUAUUUAUAAAAUACUGCAAUUUACAAAAUAAACUUGGCAAUUAUCAAUAUAGUCCACUCAAAAAGUACUAGGGCAGCAUAACCCCGCGGCCGUCUGCGACUGUGUACUACACGGGCCUGUGCCACUACUGAUGACACUCCGUACCACUGACCUGUUCACUAGGGAAAAAUUGGCAAGGGAACGGGAACGUGGAACGGAAUUAGACAAAAUAAAUAAUGAAAAAUAUAGGUAUGUGCAAUCAAAACAAAAGGA